AUGCCAAAAAUUAAAAAAAAUAUCGAAAAUUUAAAACACCCCAACAGUCGCAAAAUGAUGUCUUUAGCGAAGAAAAUUAAUAAAGAAGAGAAGAAAAAUAAUAAUAAACUUGGAACCCACAUUAAACACAAUUUAAUUGGAGAAAAGAUAAUGUGGUUUAAAGACAGGCUUCCUGUAGGAUGCCAUGUAUUAACUAGGCCACAAACAUUAGAACUUAUUGAGAGUUAUUUGGCGCGUUUUAAUGAAGAACUAGAUCAAAUAGCUUUAAAAAACUCAAUGGGUCAAAGGAAAAACCGUCAGCAUGCUAGUCGAGAAGAUGUCAUAAACAUAACGAAAAAACGAGAAAUUGAAGAGUUUGAAACAUGUGGCCUGGAAAUGCCAGACUUAAUGGAUAUACAUCAGAUGGAAGUAUUAAGAAAUUGGAAUGGAGAGUUAAGGUUCUUGCAACAUUUUAAACUGCGUAGGUAUGCAAGAAAACAUCUUACAUAG